AUGCUAAACAAGAUUGCACCAUUGAAGGAAAAAGUAACACAAUUUAAAAGUAUUGGUGAAAAUGCAUCAACCACAUUUGGCUACUGGCUUUCUUUUUUAAAAGCUGUUGAUCUCUUAUUAAAUCUUCUCAGAGAACGGACCGCGGAUUUUGAAUUGCAUUUGAAAUGUACCCAAGAACUUUUACCAUAUUUAGUAGCCGGUGAAAGACAUCUAUAUGCAAAGUGGGUGCCCAUAUAUCUGAAAGAUAUGUUAGAGCUUAAGUCGAAGAAUCCACAGAUGCAUGAAUACCUAAAACGAGGAAUUUUUUUUAGUAAAGACAGCAGAAAAAAAUUUAAUAGUGUAGCUUCCGACAUGGCUUUGGAACAGCCGAUUAACAGAGAUUGCAAAAGUUCGUCGGGUGUAGGCGGUUUUACGCAAAAACUUACUGCCCUUUUAAGGUGGAUGCUCGUUACAUUGUAG